UAUUAGAUCAUGGGUAAAGCAAGAGAGAAGAAGCAUUCCAAAGGUCGUUUGGAUAAGUAUUAUCACUUGGCCAAGGAACAAGGUUAUCGUGCCCGUUCUGCUUUCAAGUUGAUCCAACUAAACAAAAAGUUUAAUUUCCUGGAAAAGUCUCGAGUUUUGAUUGAUUUGUGUGCUGCUCCUGGUGGUUGGCUUCAAGUAGCAACCAAGUAUAUGCCUCCAUCAAGUCUUGUCAUUGGUGUUGAUUUAUGUGCUAUCAAACCUAUUCCCGGUGUUAUUACUUUCCAAGACGACAUUACGACUGAACGCUGUCGUCAAAACCUGAGACAAGAAAUGAAAACUUGGAAAGCCGAUGUCGUACUCCACGAUGGUGCACCUAACGUCGGCCGAGCAUGGAUCCAUGAUGCUUUCUCACAAUCCGAACUGGUACUUGUGUCCUUGAAACUGGCCACGGAAUUCUUGGCCAAGGGCGGUACCUUCGUCACCAAAGUCUUUCGAUCCAAAGACUACAAUAAGCUCUUGUGGGUCUUUCAACAACUGUUUCGUAAAGUAGAAGCAACCAAGCCUCCUUCGUCUCGUAAUGUGUCUGCUGAAAUUUUCGUGGUCUGUCGAGACUUUGUGGCUCCCAAGCGUAUUGAUCCUCGCAUCUUGGACCCCAAGUCUGUCUUUUCCGAUGUGGGGGCUGAAGAACAAAAGAAAUUGACCGAUAUCUUUAAGCCAGACAAAAAGAACAGACACAGAGAAGGUUAUGAAGAUGAUAAUUAUACGAUGCAUAAGACGAUUGAUAUCAUGGAAUUUGUGCGUUCUCAAGAUCCCAUUACUGUCUUGGGUUCUUAUAAUCAGUUUACAUGGCAUUCAGAUGAAGCCAAGGCUUUAUUGGAGCGUGAUAUCACAACAGAAGAUGUCAAGAUCAACUCUGAGGAUUUAAAGGUGCUUGGUAAAGGUGACUUCAAGGCAUUGCUUAAAUGGAGAGCACAAUUACGUGAAGAAUACAAGAUGGAUAAAAAAGAAGAAGAGAAAAAGGCUGAAGUGUUGGUAGAACAAGAACCCAUGGACGAAGAUGAAUUGUUAGAAGCUGAACUUGCCAACCUUACAAAAGAAGAAGCAGCCAAAAGAAAGCGAGAAAAGAGAAAGGCCAAUGAAAAGAAGAUGAAGUUGAUUCAGCGUAUGCAACUCAACAUGAUUGUGCCUACAGAUAUUGCUUUAGAUGAAAAUAAUGUGGGCGAUCAAGAGAUUUUCAAUAUCAAAAAGAUCAAACAAGACGAAUCCCUUGCUAAACUUCAUAAGGGUGAUAUGUCUAUGGCAGACGAUUUAGACAGUGAUGAUGACGACGUGUAUGUCGAUAAGAGUUUGAAGGGUCGUAUUCGAGAAAUGGACUAUGAAAUGGAAAAUGCUGUUGUAGACUCUGAUGAAGAAUAUGAGCGAGAUCUUGAACAACAAAUGAAUGAAAACUAUACUCGAUACAAGCAACAAAGAGCUGAAAAGGAUGCUAAAUUCAGAGCCAAACAAGCUCGUGAAGAAGAAGAUGAAUGGACUGGCUUUGACGAUAAAAAGAAAAAGAACGAGAAUAGAGACAAGCGAUUUGAUUCUGAUUCUGACAGCAGUGAUUCUGACAGCAGUGACUCUGAAGAUGAUGAAGAUGACGACGAUAUGAGUAGUGAUUCUGAAGAAGAAGAAAUGUCUGUUCAAAAGAAAGCACCAAAGCAAACAAAUAGAAAGACUAAUUCUUUAAUGAACGAUCUUGGUGAAAAGGCUGCUUUAUCUAAAAAGACAGCCAGUGGUUUAACUACUGCUGCUUCCAUGUUCUUUGAUCAAGACAUUUUCCAAGAUGUUGCUCUUGAUGAGCUUGUUGAAGAAGAAGAAGAGGAAGAGGAAGAGGAAGAGGAACAAAUAGAAGAAUCUUCUCGUAAGAGAAAGAGAAGCCAAGAAGACGAAGAAGACGAAGAAGAAAGUGACUUUGAAGUUCAAGAAACAGAAGAAGUUGCUCCUUCUGACGAAGAAAUGUGGGACGGUGCUGAAGACGAAAACUCCAAAGCUAUGAAGAAGGCAUUAGAAACUGGUUUAACAACAGCUGAAUCCAUUACCUUGGCUCGUCAAUUAGCCAAUAAGGAAAAGACAGUAGAAGAUUUGAUUGAUCUUGGUUUCUCCAAAGAAGCCUUUAGAGACAAAGACGGUCUCCCUGAAUGGUUCUUGGAUGAUGAAAAGAAACACAACAAACCCAAUUUGCCUGUGACUAAAGAAGCCAUGAACCAAUUACGUGCUAAAUUAAGAGCUUUGGAUGCUCGUCCUAUCAAGAAGGUAGCUGAAGCCAAGGCACGUAAGAAGUUUAAGGCUGCCCAAAGAAUUGCCAAAGCACAAAAGAAGGCUACUGAUAUUGCUGAUAAUCCAGACAUGACUGAAAAGGAAAAGGCAAAGAACAUUGGUAAACUGAUUGCUCGAGCAACCAAGUCCAAGCCCAAGAAAGAAGUCAAGGUGGUUGUGGCCAAAGGUGCUAACCGUGGUGUCAAGGGUCGUCCUAAGGGUGUCAAGGGUCGUUAUAAGAUGGUGGAUGGUGUUAUGAAGAAAGAAAGACGUGCUGAAAAGAGAAGAGAAAAGAAAGUCAAGAAACGUACUGGCAAUGGACGUCGUUAACAUGUUGUACUAUAGAUUCCCCCCCCCCUUUUUUUAUUUCAUUUUUUUUUCAUUUUUUUUUUACAUAAUACAUUGCAUGGUGACACUAAAGUACCCCGCUUUUCAAUAAUAAUAAAAAAAAAGUGGCUUCAUACAUA